AAAACCUAUCAUAGCCAGCAAAAGGGAGGAGUGGACCCCCCAAUUUCCCCCGAAGGCUCAAGAGGAAAGGGUGUUUUGCAUGCCUCCCAGAUGCCAAGACAGCUGCGGUUCCCCCUCGACACCCCUCUCCCAAGUCUUUCUUUCUCUCUCUCUCUCUUUCCUUUUAAGUGGGUCUUUUUUUAAAGAUGCCCAAAGAGGGUUGCAACUUUGGAGCUUCACUUUAAGCCUCCCCCAAAACAACUAGUUGGAUCCGUCGGCAGAAGGAGACACAAAGGGGAAACCCGAUUCUAUUUCGUUUAGAAAUAUUGAGAAAGAUUAUUUGUAUUUUUUAAGAAAUCCAAAUCUCCGCCUGGCAGUCGGGAAAAUGCAUUGGAAAACCGGGAAUAUCAAGGAGGAAAGGUACUACUUGCAGGACCGUUCCGACGGCCUGGGCGGCUCGUCCCCGGGCGGCGGGCGCCUCUCGCAGCUCUCCUCCUUGAACCAAGCAGCGGCGGCGGCUGCGGCUGCUGCAGCGGCGGCGUAUUCCUCGGCGCCCCCUCCUCCUCCUCCUCCUCCGCCGCCCUUGUGCCACACGCCGGCCUCGGACUUCCAGCCGCCGUACUUCCCGCCGCCCUACCCGCAGCCCCCGCUGCCUUACGCUUCGCAGUCCCAGGAUAACCCCGGCGGAGGAGGAGGCGGAGGAGCAGGCGGAGGAGGCUACCCGCACUUGGGCGACCCUUACGCCGCGCUCAACCCGCUCCACCAGCACCACCACCACCACCAUCACCACCAGCAGCAAGGAGCCUGGCAUGCGCAACGGGCCCGGCAAGAGGAAGCCGCUGUGGCCGCCGCCGCAGCUGCGGGGCUGCUCUCUCAAACGCACCGGGCGCUGGGUUUGGAUCCCAGAGGAGGAGGAGGAGGGGGCUCUUCCUCAGGCCCACGGGGGCUGCUCCACGGCUUGGGAGAAGGGCCCCACGGGCUGGGAGAGGGGCCCUUGGGCCUCCACGCCUUGGCACACCCCGCCCUCGAAGACAUCCAGGCCAUGGAUGAAACUGGCAUGAGCCUCUUGGACCAGUCCGUGAUCAAGAAAGUGCCCAUGCCCUCGAAAGCAAACGGGACCUCCAUCUCUGCCCUGGCCAUGAACAAGGACAGCCUGAUCGGAGGUGUGACGAACCCCAACGAAGUCUUCUGCUCCGUUCCGGGACGCCUCUCCCUCCUCAGCUCCACCUCCAAGUACAAGGUGACCGUCGGCGAGGUCCAGCGGCGGCUUUCGCCUCCUGAAUGUCUCAAUGCCUCUCUGCUUGGUGGAGUCCUUCGAAGGGCCAAAUCCAAAAAUGGCGGAAGGUGUUUAAGGGAAAGACUGGAGAAGAUAGGGUUAAAUCUACCUGCCGGGAGGCGUAAAGCGGCCAAUGUUACCUUGCUGACAUCACUGGUGGAAGGAGAAGCUGUUCAUCUGGCCCGGGAUUUUGGUUAUGUCUGUGAGACGGAGUUUCCAGCCAAAGCCGCAGCGGAGUUCCUCUGUCGGCAGCAUGCAGACCCCGGCGAACUCCAUGCGCGGAAGAACAUGCUCCUGGCAACUAAGCAAAUCUGCAAGGAGUUCUCAGACAUGAUGGCCCAGGACCGCUCUCCGCUGGGGAACAGCCGCCCCUCGUUCAUCCUGGAACCCGGCGUCCAGAGCUGCCUGACCCACUUCAGCCUCAUCACGCAUGGCUUCGGGGGGCCGGCCAUCAGCGCGGCCCUCACCGCCUUCCAGAACUACUUGGUGGAGUCGCUCAAGGGCCUCGACAAAAUGUUCUUGAACAGCACAGGCAACGGACACCCCGUGGGGGACUCCAAAACAUCAGAGAAGGACGUCAAGCACCGGAAAUGACGCCACCAGCCCCGCCGUUGCUUUCUUAGCCGGCCCCGAUCCCUGGAGGGAGUCCCUUCCCAGUUAAUGAGUGAAAAGAAAGAGAGGCCUCCGUGGUUCCUAUCAGCGUCAGGAAAAUGGAAAAGAAACGAGCCCCCGGACUCCAUAUUCCCCUCAUGUUUUCCAAACUGUGACCGAUGCAUUUCUGGAACCCAAUGGAGAAACCGUGAAGACAGAGAAGGACCUUUCCGUUGAGACGGACGCUUUCUGGACACACUUUUAGGUGCCGGAAGCCAGGUUCGAUGUGCAAUGAUUUUUCCCACGUUUUGUUUUCCCUUUGGAAAUUCAGAGUUGUAAAAUAGCAAGAUGGUUCAACGAGGAGGAAGAAGACGACGUGAGAUGGAGAACAUCUCAGAUGGAGUGGAGAACUGCUUAGGGUCAGGAGGACUAUGGACGAAAAAAAUGUGUUUUGUGGGGGAUUGUAGGGAAGGAAAUGGCAUAGCUUUCAAAUGGCCCUUUGGUCAAGGAGAAAGGAACUUUUCCAAGGAUGCUAAAACAUCCUUUGGCCUUGGAAAUCAAUGUGGAUUUUCCUUACGGGAGACGUACACAUCAGUACACAUAUACAAUAAUCCACAUCUGUUGGCGUUAGAGGCACAGCAUUCCCAAGAAAGUGAAAAAAUGGGAAUAAAGUAAUAGCUAUCUUUUUUUUUUAAUCUAAGAAUUUCUAGGUCUUCCAGCACAACUUUGUGAUGAUUCUAUGUCCUCCAGCACAACUUUAUGGUCAACUUCUGGCCAUAGAAUUGCAUUGGAGGAUCUAUGUCCUUUCUAGAAUGCUCUAUGUCAGCAUUUCUCAAGCUGGGUGUCAGGACCCCUGAGAGGGGUCGCGAGGGGGGUGUCCAAGGGGUCACCAGAGACCAUCAGAAAACACAGUAUUUUCUGUUGGUCAUGGGGGUUCUGUGUGGGAAGUUUGGCCCAAUUCUAUAGUUGGUGGGAUUCAGAAUGCUCUUUGAUUGUAGAUGAACUAUAAAGCCCAGCAACUACAACUCCCAACUGUCAAGGUCUAUUUUCUCCAAACCCCACCAGUGUUCACAUUUGGGCAUAUUGAGUAUUUGUGCCAAAUUUGGUCUGGAUCCAUAAUUGUGGAUCAGUGUUCUCUGGUUGUAAUUGAACUACAACUCCAAAACUCAAGGCCCACCAAGUCCUUCCAGUAUUUUCUGUUAGCCGUGGGAGUUCUGUGUGCCAAGUUUGGUUCAGUUCCAUCAUUGGUGGAGUUAGGAAUGCUCUGUGAUUGUAGGUGAACUUGAAAUCCCAGCAUCUACAACUCCCAAAUGACAAAAUCAACCUCCCUGCUCCCCAACUCCACCAGUAUUCAAAUUUGGACAUAUUGGGUAUUUGUGCCAAAUUUGGUCCAGUUAAUGAAACUAUAUCCUGCAUAUCAGAUAUUUACAUUAUGAUUCAUAACAGUAGCAAAAUUACAGUUCUGAAGUAGCAACGAAAAUAAUGUUAUGUUUGGGGGUCACCACAACAUGAGGAACUGUAUUAAAGGGUCGUGGCAUUAGGAAGGUUGAGAAACUCUGCUCUAGAUCCUUCAGCAUUAUUGGAGGACAAUCUCCAUAUAGUUGCAUUGGAAGACCUAGAAAACUCCUAGAGAGAACGUUUUUUCAAUCAAAUCCAUGAAUAAUCUGCAAAAGCCCCAAAUGCAAAUGAGGAGAGACGACUGUACAACCCCAUUGGGACCUUUCCUUGCGAAAGGAAGAGCAUUUCAACAGAUCCUCCCAUUUAUCAAAGUGUGAUCCAAUCAAUCCAGCGAAAUCAUACGACCGUUCUCGACCCUUUUUUUGCCCAGCGUUAGUAAUAAUAUUAAAGAGUGUUUAAAUAAUAAUGCUAAUAAUAAUAAUAAUAAUAAAUUAAUAAAUGAUGAAAGCACAAGAAGCAGACCUUGAAGGAGGCCAAACUGAACUGUUUGAAAAUUCUGUGUAUAUUUAUUUAUGUGUAAUUAAAUCAAGAAAGUUUCUAAAUGUCCA